AUGCAGCCAAAUAUUUUGAUGCUUGGUUAUAAUUCUCAUUGGUUAAAGCAAUGUGUUUCUGAUAAAUCUAAAUAUGAAGAAUAUAUGGGGGUUAUUGCUGAUGCUUUUGAUGCAAAAAUGGCUGUUUGUGUGUUUCGAAAUGAAAAUGAUGGUUUAGAUCAUUCAGCAUUACUUUCAGAAGAAGAACAAUUAUUUGUUCGUUUACCUGAUUUGCUUAAUUCUGAUCGUAAUUCAACACUACAGGAUGAUUUAAGUAGAGGAGUAGAGGCACGUAAGAUUCGUCCAAAAGCAAAAUCCUCGUUACGCCCCUCUGCCUCUUCAACGGCAAUUAUCUUUCCUUCAGGGAAAUUUGAUAAUCCAUUUCAAAUAGAAAGAAAUCUAAGCGGAAAUUCGCUUGAUUCACAACCAAAAAAGAAGAAAAAACAAAGAAGAAGACAUUCACCUUUAUCUAUUAAUUCCUCUUUUGGAUGUCGAAUUAAUAAAUUUGAUCAAUUUCAUUGUAGACCACUACCAAAUACUAAAUUUCGUACACAACUCCGUGGAGGAUUUGUUGAUGUUUGGUGGUUACAGGAUGAUGGAGGCCUUUUAUUAUUAUUGUCACAUUUACUUCGAGAACAUAAUACUUAUUUACCUAAUGCAAAAUUGCGUGUAUUUACAAUUUGUUCGAGUAAAUUAGAUCCAAUUAAAGUUUAUCAAAAUUUAGUAGAAUUACUCAAAAAAUUCAGAAUUUAUUUUUUUAUGGUACAUGUUUUCUCUGAAGAUUAUGAUCGUCAAAAACUUUAUACAGAAACAUUAGAAGAAUAUGAAGAACUUAUGGAAUUACUUAAAAGGAAAUCUUCAAAUGAUGAAUUUAUAAUAACUGAUGAAAUGUUGGAGAGAACGAGGGAAAGAACAUAUAGAUAUUUGAGACAUAGAGAAUUACUUUUAGAAUUUUCUUCAGCUUCUUCAGUCGUUUUAAUCUCACUUCCAGCAGCUUCUAGCGCUGUAGUUCUCUCACCUGUUUAUGCACUUUGGCUAGAAUUAUUAUCUCGAGAUAUGCCUCCAAUGCUUUUUGUAAGGGGAAAUGAUAAUUCUGUGAUUACUUUUUACUCAUAA